AUGAUAAUGGUGUUGGUUAUGAAUGCAAUGGGGGACUCAGCUCAAGAGAUACAGAAAUGUAUAGAAACACUGUCAGGGGUUGCAACGUGUUUGCCAUAUUUGGGUGGUGAGGCGAAAGCACCAACAGCAGAUUGUUGUAGUGGUAUCAGGCAAGCCAUGAAGAGCAACAAGAAAUGCAUCUGCGUUAUUCUUAAAGACAGGGAUGAUCCUGACCUUGGCUUCAAGAUUAACAUUACCAUUGCUGUUGGUCUCUUUUCUCUUUGCAAAGCACCUGAUAAUCUCUCUCAGUGUCCUGCACUUCUGCACUUGGAUCCUAAUUCACCCGAAGCUCAAGCUUUUAAUGAAAAGGGUGUGAACGCCAUUGGUGAUACUGAUAAUCCUUCUCCCAGUCCUUCUGAGAAUGGUAGAAACCAGGAAACAGAUGAAACGGUCACAGCAAAGAAUGGUGCAUCUUAUGAGGGAAGGAGAUUGUUAGAAAUAUUUGUUGCAACUGCGGUUGCAGGGCUUGUAAUUUUGAUUUUUUGA